GGUCUUUAUGUGUCAUUAGUGAACUGCCUUUAAUGAACCGCGUGAUAGAUCGAGAUAUUUCAGUUAUGGAGUGAGCAGACGACAGUGGUCGAGUUCAGUGAGCAGACGGCAGAGCCGAGUGACGUCAUAAUGACUGUUUUGCAUAGCUCCGCCUACAGCUACACAUUUUUAUUUUCUAUGGCUGUCGCGUGCAAAGUUGCACCUGCAUUUCUAUUUUAUGGUUUAGGGCACAUAAUUUACGCCAUAUCUUAAACUUUUUAAUUCAAUGGCAGGUAUAGAAACUACAGAAUUAGCUAGUAAGAAAUUAACACUGCAAAAAUGUCUUCAAAAGUCGUUCAGAAAUGUUUUCUUGUUAAUAGACCCAUUAGAGUCCGCACUGAAACAGACAUUACCGAAAGUGGAAUCCCUCGCCAAUUUGAUGGACCAGUUUGAAUGCUGCAGUGCGAUAAAAAGCAAUGUGGAACCAGUCUGCACGACAUUUCCAGAUUUAGUACCGCGAUUGUUAGCCAAGAUAGCAGAAGAAAUUUUACAAAUAACACAAGAUCUAACAAAAGCCAUUAUCGUUAUCAAAGAAACACAGGAAAAGUUCUCCAAAUACCAUGAUGUGGCUAUGAGACUAUAUCACAAAUGUCUUACAUCUGUUGAUUUCCACACCAUGACUGCUGUAUCUCCCAUGACACCAUCAAUAGCAGACAUGAUGGAAUGGCUGGAAGAUGCAGAUGCUCAGCUGUAUGAACAUUAUUACUACAAAUUGCAUUUACUGGAAGAUAUUGUAAACAAAAAGGUGAACUCGAGUAAUCUGGUCCAAAAAUGGACAGAUCAAGACCAAGAAAUAAUAAAGAAAAUUAAAGAUCAUCUUUUCUUUGUGAAGCUGUUUGUGGAAGAAGAUUUAUAAAUCAAAUGGUCUUCAUAAUUUUUUUUCCAAAAAACCUGCAGACACUCCUUGAGCAAGAAUUAUGAGUGCAAUUUUGCUGUUAAGUCAUAUUUGUAGCAGUGUGCUUGGGUGCAUGUAGAUGAAUGCACAUUGUUUGAGGAGAAAUUGAUGUGUAGAAUAUUACAGUUCGAACUGCAAAGGGAGUUAUUUUUAACAAAAUAUUUUCUGUUAUUUGUCCUGAUGCAAUUAAAUGAGCCAGUUGAAAUAAAGAAUAAUUAUAAGU